AUGUGGAAGGAGGAACUAGCUGCCCACAAGGGGUGUCUUCUGUGGGGCAGCAGGAUGGUGGUGCCCCCCCCCCGCUACAGAGGCAAGUUGCUAGAGUCCCUCCAUGAAACUCAUCCAGGAAUUGUUAGGAUGAAGGCCUUAGCACGUAGCUAUGUCUGGUGGCCAGGGAUGGACGAGGAGAUAGAGGGUUGGGUCCGGAAGUGUAGAGCGUGCCAAGAAUCCCGACCCGAACCACCAAGCGCCCCCGCGCAAUGCUGGGAAACUAACAGGAAACCGUGGUCGAGGAUGCACGUCGACUUCGCGGGGCCCUUCCAGGGUCAAAUAUUUUUCAUCUUGGUGGACGCGUAUACCAAGUGGCUGGAAGUCAUUCCGGUGGCAUCCACCUCCACAGCGGCGGCGAUCCGAGCGCUGCGCAGGGUCCUGAGCACUCACGGAAUUCCGGACACCAUCGUCUCGGACAACGGGACCGCCUUUACCUCCAGGGAAUUCCAGGAGUUCCUACAGAGGUACUUAAUUCGGCACAUACGGUCCGCCCCAUUCCACCCGGCCACAAACAGCCAAGUGGAGCGAAUGGUGCACACCACAAAGGAAGCCUUGGGUCGCAUAGUGCAAGGGGACUGGGACCACCGUUUAGCCGCCUCCCUAUUCGACAACAGGAUAACCCCCAACCUCAUCACAGGGGUAAGCCCGGCGGAAUUACUAAUGGGGCGCAAGUUUAUCACAAGACUGGAUAGGCUGCACCCCGACCGGUGGGUAGCGGGACGGGUGCUGCGUUUCUUAGGGUCCCGCCACAACGACGUAACCACGGAGGAGGGCCGAAUCUUGCGGAGGCACAUUGACCAAAUGCACCGCCGCACCCUGCCAGAUGAAGCAGAGGCCAUGCAGGACGGAGAGGAGCCCACCGCCACGCAGCCCCGACGAACAGCCCCACCGACCACUCCGACUGAGCAGGUAGCGGAGCCACACCGAAACGAAGAGGACGACCAUAUGGCCAGAGCCCCGGGCCAACUGGAGGGCGCGAGCAGCCAUAGGCCGGCGGUUCCCCACACGGGGAACCCACCGCCCCGUCCGCAUCAGCAGCUGGGCCCCCGACAGAGCCGGUGGCCACGCCAAACCCCAAGGGUCCCCCCGGAGGUCGACCAGGAUGCGCACAGCUCCCGCUUACUUGAGGGAUUAUGUGUCCUGAGCUAA